CGUCGAUCGAUGAUGCGCGCGCUAAGCCGCGAGCCCUUCGACGAUGAACACCACGUGACCUCUGCGAUUCGCCGGAGCAUCACGUGAAUCAGCCGGGCCGGGUGCUGACCGGUGCGGGGGAGACCCAAUGUGAAUCGAGGGCCCACGGCCGGCAGGGAUGCCUUUAACGUCGGGAAGCCACAUCGCUCUCCACUCGACCAAUCGACCAUGUUCCACCGGCGAGUACUCUAGCAUCUACGAUCGUGAGAGAACCCUUUGACCAAGAUCCGAACUGCAUCAUCCAAACAGCGCAUACAAGAUGAAGGCCUACAUCAUGGACGAGGACAUCAAGGAUCUGUCCGAGCUUCCCUCUAAGCUGCGGGCUGAUGCCGAAGCUCCAGAGGUGGAUGCUGAUGGCACGGCAGUGCUUGUCGACGUCUAUGCUGCUUCCUUGAACCUCUUCGACCAACUCCAAGUUCGCGGCAAAUACCAGAUGAAGAAGCCUUUUCCCUACAUUCCAGGUGCAGAGAUUGCAGGAGUCAUUGCCAAGAAUUCGCCGAUUCCUGAAGGCUGCAAUUGGGUUGCUGGAAAGACCAGAGUCUUUGGAUCGGCCAAUGGAUCGUACGCGGAGCAGGUCGAGGCAGAAAUUUCGCAGCUUCAAGAAAUUCCUGAUGGCAUGACGUUCGAAGAGGCUUCAGGACUCUACGUCACAUGGCCAACUUCGUACGCUGCGCUACAUUUCAGGGCAAAGGUUCAGCCAGGUGAAUGGGUGUUAGUGCAUGCUGGCGCAGGCGGAGUUGGCCUUUGCGCAAUACAAAUCGCCAAGGCGAUGGGUGCUAAAGUGAUUGCAACGGCAGGAAGUGAGGAGAAGCUCAAAGUCUGCACCGAAAUUGGCGGAGCGGACCAUGCUGUCAAUUACCGAGACAAGGAGUGGCAGAACAAGGUCAAAGAGAUCACCGAUUCGCACGGAGUGGAUGUGGUAUACGACCCUGUGGGCAUGAUCCUUCCAUCUUUGAAGGUGAUCGCGUGGAAUGGCCGGCUUGUCGUAAUUGGCUUCGCAGCAGGCGACAUCGAAAAGGUUCCCAUGAACUUACCUCUGCUGAAGCAAUGCUCCAUCAUGGGGCUCUUCUGGGGUCGAAUGACCGUGGAACAACCAGAACUGGUCCCCGAGACCUGGAAUGGCAUUUUGGAGCUAUUGAAGAGCAAAAAAGCAAAAGCCGUCGUCUACUCGCACAUCUACGAGGGCCUGGAGAGCUUGACCCAAGCUUUGCAGGACCUAAUGGCACGAAAGACUUGGGGCAAAGCCGUGGUCAGGGUAAGAAAGGACGGCAAAGAGAAGCUCUGA